UUCAAGUUUAUAAGCGACAGAAAAUGCCGUAACGUGGCAUUGCUUGACAGUUAGUAGACGGACACACGUGUAUCAGACGUUCGUUGUGUUUUUAUACAGAUCCAAAAUGUGUGGAAUUUUUGCAUAUCUCAACUACCUAGUUCCUGUCACUAGAAAGGAAAUACUUGCGAUUCUGAUUAAUGGAUUGAAACGUUUAGAAUACAGAGGAUAUGAUUCUGCAGGAGUUGCUUUUGAAGGCAGUGACUGUGGAGACGAAAAAUGUACGAUUCGUAUGAUAAGACAGAAAGGCAAGGUUCAGGCUCUUCGAGAGGAGGUGGAAAGUUGUUCCGACCUGAAAUUUGACAGAGAGUACAAUAUCCAUAUUGGUAUUGCUCACACUCGCUGGGCUACACACGGAGAGCCAAGUGCUAUAAACAGUCAUCCACAGAGGUCCAACUCUGACAAUGAAUUCGUCGUCGUACACAAUGGUAUCAUCACAAACUACAAAGAUGUCAAAUCAUUUCUGCAAUCAAAAGGUUUCGAAUUUGAGUCGGAGACUGAUACCGAGGUGAUAGCUAAACUUGUACAGCAUGUGUUCAACUGUCACAAAGCAGAAAGUCUGACAUUCCGUGAGUGUGUGGAGAUGGCUAUACAACAAUUGGAAGGAGCAUUUGCCUUGUGCUUGAUGAGCAUAAAUUACCCAGGGGAAUGUAUAGCUACAAGACGAGGUAGUCCUCUAUUGGUUGGGGUCAAGAGCAAGGCCAAACUGUCCACUGACCACAUCCCAAUUCUCUAUAGCAAAGCCCAGCACAGACUCGGACCUGAUGGUUUUAAAGACAAUAGCACUACAGAAGAUCACCGUGGAUAUGUUGCACCUACUCAGAGGGUGGAUAGCACGACCGAGUUCCACCCUAUGGGCCCAGAAAGGGAAGUGGAGUACUUCUUUGCUUCUGAUGCUAGUGCUAUUAUUGAGCACACCAACCAGGUGAUAUUCCUCGAGGACGAUGAUGUCGCAUCUAUAAAGGAUGGCUCUCUGUCUAUACACCGCGUCAAACGCAGCAUUGACGAGUCAACUGUUCGUGAGGUGAUCACACUCAAAACUGAGAUCCAGGAGAUUAUGAAAGGUAAAUUCUCAUCCUUCAUGCAGAAAGAAAUUUUUGAACAGCCCGAGUCUGUGAUCAAUACAAUGAGGGGGCGUGUCAACUUUGACAACAAUCAGGUUGUUCUAGGAGGAAUCAAGGAUUUCAUGCCAGAGAUAAGAAGAUGUCGUCGGAUGUUGUUUAUCGCCUGUGGAACAAGCUAUCACAGUGCCGUUGCUACAAGACAACUGUUGGAGGAGUUGACGGAGCUUCCAGUGAUGGUAGAGUUAGCUAGUGACUUCCUCGACAGAGACACACCUGUCUUCAGGGAUGAUGUCUGCUGCUUCAUCAGCCAGUCAGGUGAGACGGCAGAUACACUGCUAGCACUGCGUUACUGUAAACAGAGAGGUGCCCUGAUUGUAGGAGUGACUAACACUGUGGGUAGUAGUAUCUGUCGGGAGUCACACUGUGGUAUCCAUAUCAACGCUGGACCUGAGAUAGGUGUCGCCAGUACCAAGGCAUACACCAGUCAGUUUAUUUCACUUGUUAUGUUUGGUUUGGUCAUGUGUGAGGACAGAAUCUCAAUGCAGGAACGACGUAAGGAAAUCAUUAAGGGUCUGCACGACCUACCAGGUCUGAUCAAGGAAGUACUGGAUAUGGACGACCAGAUCCACACGCUGUCCCAGGAGCUGUACCAACAGAAGAGUCUGCUCGUCAUGGGGCGUGGCUACAACUUUGCCACCUGUCUUGAGGGAGCACUAAAAAUCAAGGAAUUGACGUACAUGCACUCUGAGGGGAUAAUGGCUGGAGAGUUGAAGCAUGGUCCUCUUGCCCUGGUUGACAAAGCCAUGCCUGUAAUGAUGGUCAUCACACGGGACAAAGUCUACUCGAAAUGUAUGAAUGCCCUUCAACAAGUAAAGGCCAGACAUGGUGAACCCAUCAUUGUUUGCAACAGCGGUGAUGUGGAAACGCAAUCGCAAGCCACAAAAUAUAUUGCUGUACCUAAUACCAUUGACUGCCUGCAAGGCAUCCUUACCAUAAUACCAAUGCAAUUGUUAUCCAUGCAUAUUGCCACCUUAAAGAAGUUAGAUGUUGACUGCCCUCGUAACCUUGCUAAGAGUGUGACAGUGGAAUGAUCUUCCCAUGUACACAGCAUCAAUGUGGACCAACCUCGGGCAUUGCUGAAGACAUACACCUCACACAGCUCCUAGGAUCACUGGACCAGUUUAUGUGGGCUAGUCUUAUCCUCUUUUUAACUAUGCAGCUGGAACUUAAGAUAGUAUAAGUUUGGAGAUGAUGCUUGGGUGAUAUUUCUGUAAAUAAUAACUUUGGGAAAACCCUCAUGUGACAGACUGUAAAUGUUUUGUUACCUGUGUGCAAUUAUGUGGGACCAUGUAUGACAACCUAAUGAGCUAGACAUUUAACCUUAUAUAUUAAUGUUCUAUGCUAUGUGUAAUUUUGUCUUGUUAAAUAUUACUUUCAUGCAUGGUUUUAAAUAUUCAAUUUGACUUUUGAUUCAGUUGAUCAAUAAUUAAUAUAUUGACAGUCACAUAUUCCAUUGUUCUGAUAAAGAUAGCAAGUCUGAUUUCUACAUAUCACAAAGGAUCAUAUAUAACAAGAUUACAGAUCUAGGUGUGACAAGAGGUCACAUCACAGGUCUGGGUGUGACAAGAGGUCACAUCACAGCUCUUGGUGUGACAAGAGGUCACAUCACAGCUCUGGGUGUGACAAGAGGUCACAUCACAGCUCCGGGUGUGACAAGAGGUCACAUCACAUGUCUGGAUGUGACAAGAGGUCAUGUCACAGGUCUUGAGUGUGACAAGAGGUCACAUCACAGGUCUGGGUGUGACAAGAGGUCACAUCACAGGUCUGGAUGUGACAAGAGGUCACAUCACAGGUCUGGAUGUGACAAGAGAUCACGUCACAGGUCUUGAGUGUGACAAGAGGUCACAUCACAAUUGUGUUAAAUCUGUGUUUACAAGAAUCUCAUUUCAGUUUUCAAAAAAUUAUACUCAAAAUAUUCUAGAUGAUUGAUAAUCCAAAUAAUUGCCAGUUUCUAUAGCUUAUUUAUGUUAAUUCUAGAGACACAAACAGGUACGGUUACACAUGUCAGUGCUCUGAUUAACCACUAACAGGUCAGAAUAUUACAUAUCAAUUUUUUCUGAUUAACCACAAACCAAGUGACCUUGACAUUUUGGGUUAUGUUUACAUAUUUUUGGUAUUUUUAUUUGUAUAAAUGUGAUGUGUCUUUAGAACCAAUUCUGAUGAAACAGUCAUGGUAAAUCUCAUUGUCUUGUAUUUAACUUUUACUGAUAAGUAGCCGACUUAUUUAUAGAUGACCUCAAAGUUAUACACUGGUGUUUACACCUGUACAGUUCAAUUCAAAAUCCUUUUGGUAUUUUAAGUUGCAUACAUUUAUACAGACAACAUCUCAUUGCGACUUGUACAGUUUGAAUUUUGGGGAUGUGAUCAGGAAAUGUAUUGAUAGUGGGACGUGUCCAUCACUUGAUAGUGGGACAUGUCCAUCACUUGAUAGUGGGACGUGUCCGUCACUUGAUAGUGGGACAUGCCCAUCAAUUGAUAGUGGGACAUGUCCAUCACUUGAUAGUGGGACAUGCCCAUCACUUGAUAGUGGGACGUGCCCAUCACUUGAUAGUGGGAUGUGCCCAUCACUUGAUAGUGGGACAUGCCCAUCACUUGAUAGUGGGACGUGCCCAUCACUUGAUAGUGGGAUGUGCCCAUCACUUGAUAGUGGGGCGUGUCCAUCACUUGUAUUGUUCCAAUGAGAUCUCAGUAUUUGAAUGUGUUCACACAACAAGUGUGUCUUUGUCAUAACCUAUAUGGUGUGAAAGCGUGUACCUUACUUGUCGUCAUGGUCCUGGAAUACAAUUGUCCUCUGUCAUCUGUUUGGUUGUCCCUCUACAUGUCCUUACGUGGUUUGUAUACAAUAGUAUUUAUUAAGAUUGUUAUUUUUGUUUCUAUCAUUGUACUGAUAAUUUUUUUGAGGUAUUUCUUUGUUUUACAUGAUUGUUUAGUUUCAAUUUGUCUAUUUUUACACUAUUGUUAUCAAGAUCUAGCCUGUUUGUUUUUUAAGUAAUAUGUUUAGAAAUAUGUGACAUGACUUGAUUGUGUAUGAUUUAUUUCUUUACUUAUAUUAACUUUAGUUAAUAGUGUACUAAAGGUCAUAAAAAUAAUACAAACAUUUAAUAUUGUAUGAUGUAAUGAAGGUCAUACACAGGCUGGUGACAUCAUGUAAUAUACUGAUAUCAAGGUCAUACACAGGAUGGUGACAUCGUGUGAUGUACUGAUAUCAAGUCAUACACAGGCUGGUGACAUCAUGUAAUAUACUGAUAUCAAGGUCAUACACUGGAUGGUGACAUCGUGUGAUGUACUGAUAUCAAGGUCAUACACAGUCAUAAGGUUAUAAGGUUUAAUGUAUUGUUUACUACAUAGAUCACUGAUUCUACAUCAUUCUGUUAUCAUAGGUCUAUAAUAACAUUGAUAACCUUUGUGUAAGAAAAUAUUUAAAAUUUGUUUAUACUUGCAAUCUGCUAAAUCAUAAAUGGUGUUUAACUUUCCAAAGAAUCUGUCAAUUUUACUUUAUCACAGAAAUCUAUUUUGUUGUUUUAUUUUUGAUACUAUUGUUUCCAGGAUGUAUAUAAGUGAAUCUCGUCUUGAUCGAGUUAGAUGUGUUGAGCUAAAUGUUAUCUAAGGUUAUAGUGAGAUUGGCAUUAUCUCAGUAAUUCCACCCUUUUGUUCCUUUUCCGACAGCCUCCUAUAUAGGGAAUGUCUUUAUUCAAGAGUAAAUCCAGGCUCGCUUGGUUUACUUAAGAUCAUACUGCUCAAAAAGAUAUUAUGAUGCAAAUCAUUAAUCCCUGGCAGCCAUGAUCAAAACUAUAUCCCUGGCAGCUAUGAUCAGAACUGUAUCCCUGGCAGCCGUGAUCAGAACUAUAUCCCUGGCAGCCAUGAUUAGAACUUUAUCCCUGGCAGCCAUGUUCAGAACUUUAUCCCUGGCAGCCAUGAUCAGAACUAUAUCCCUGGCAGCCAUGAUCAGAACUAUAUCCCUGGCAGCCAUGAUCAGAACUGUAACCCUGGCAGCCAUGUUCAGAACUUUAUCCCUGGCAGCUAUGUUCAGAACUAUAUCCCUGGCAGCCAUGAUUAGAACUUUAUCCCUGGCAGCCAUGUUCAGAACUAUAUCCCUGGCAGCCAUGGUUAGAACUUUAUCCCUGGCAGCCAUGAUCAGAACUAUAUCCCUGGCAGCCAUGAUCAGAACUGUAUCCCUGGCAGCCAUGAUCAGAGCUAUAUUCCUGGCAGCCAUGUUCAGAACUGUAUCCCUGGUAGCCAUAAUACCGUAAGAAGUUUAUCCUUGGUAAUCAUGGUAAGAACUAUAUCCCUGGUAACCAUUGUAAGAACUAUAUCCCUGGUAACCUUGAUAAGAACUAUAUCCCUGGUAACCAUGAUUAGAACUACAAAAUUGUAUAUCCCUGGUUACCAUGGUAAGAUCUAUAUCCCUGGUAACCACAGAACUAUAUCCCCGGUAACGAUGAUUAGAACUAUAUCCCUGGUAACCAUGGUUAGAACUAUAUCCCUGGUAACCUUGAUAAGAACUAUAUCCAUGGUAACCUUGAUAAGAACUACAUCCCUGGUAACCAUGGUUAGAACUAUAUCCCUGGUAACCUUGAUAAGAACUAUAUCCAUGGUAACCUUGAUAAGAACUAUAUCCCUGGUAACCAUGGUUAGAACUAUAUCCCUGGUAACCUUGAUAAGAACUAUAUCCCUGGUAACCAUGGUUAGAACUAUAUCCCUGGUAACCUUGAUAAGAACUAUAUCCCUGGUAACCAUGGUUAGAACUAUAUCCCUGGUAACCUUGAUAAGAACUAUAUCCCUGGUAACCAUGGUUAGAACUAUAUCCCUGGUAACCUUGAUAAGAACUAUAUCCCUGGUAACCAUGGUUAGAACUAUAUCCCUGGUAACCUUGAUAAGAACUAUAUCCAUUUGAGCCAUGAUUAGAACUAUAUCUCUCAGAUAAACAACUGGUCUGGUAGUACUUAACCCGAGAACUUCUGGGGCUAAUUAUCAUAGAAACCUGACCAUGUUGAACUGUUUCUUUAUUUACACAAAUAUGUUAUAUUGUAAUCAAGAAUUAUACAUAUAUAUUAAUGAUUCAGUAUUUAUUACACUGUCAGUCAAUUAGAGUUAUAUAUUGUAUUGUACCUCCUGUCCUCCUCAUAUUGCUUUAACUCCAGAUAGAACCAUGUAGGGAGCCAUGGUGGUCUACAUAUAUUGGAAUGUCUUUGAGGACACCUGGUAUACAUAUUUGAGAACAGGUAUAUGUCUUCUGAGAACAUAUACCGGUAUGUCUUCUGAGAACAGGUAUACAUUCUUAGAACCAAUAUAUAUCAUUAACAAUUGGUGAUAAACAUAGAGUUUUUGGUUCACACAAGAUUUACAAGGGGUUUGUUAUUUGUGGUAUUACCAUAGCUUUAAAUGGUGAGAAUUUAGUCGUUAUUACAGAUUAAUAGUUUUAUGUUUAUGUAUUAUUGGGUUUUAAAUACUGCUUUUAAUCAGAAACAUUAUGUGUUUAUUUGUAGAUGUAUAUAUGUGUUGAUGAUUAUCAAAUUCAUCAGACAACAUAUAUUUUUAUUAUAUUAUUAUAAAUUGUGGUGUCACAACAUUUUAAUAAAAUGCAUAUUUUUAGUUUGUGUAACAUGGAAUAUUGAAACACUAACCCCUUACCAGUAUGAAUGGGGACUUCGAGGGUAUAUAUACAGUGUAAGCCAAGUAAUUUCUAGGUCAGAGGGAUUUCAAGGAUGUGGAAUAAUACAUUGUAGGGGUGAACUCCAGAAAGAGGUCGAGUGUUCCUAGGUUACAGGGAGUUCACGGGUGGAGUAGUGUAUGUACAGUGCAGUGUAGGGGUGAACUCGAGGAAGACGUUCACAGUACAGUUAAGUGGAGUAACAUUAGUUGUCUUAUAAGAACUUUCGUGUCAUACCGAAAAUGUUUUAUGAAGUUACCUUGUUGUUUAUGCAUAAAUAUAUUUGUCUGCAAGAAAACCUUUGUAAACACAUGUAUUUUAGAAUCAAUCUUAUUUUGGUGCUUUCACUAAAAAUGUUGCUGUAAGGUAUUACUGCACUAAUUAGUCUGUAUGUUGCUUCUAGUGGCAAAAAAGUCAGAGAGAAAAUUAUCAUUGAAUGCUAUCAGUUAAAGUUUGAUAAGACCUUAUAAUUGAUCACACCAAGUAUAUUGGUUUACAGUGCUUGAACAUCUUCUGACUAACAAGGGAGAUAAUUACCCUCGGUACAUUCUUAAGGCAAUCAGUUGUGUAUACUCUGCUAGAUGGAAAUGUUGUCGUUCUUAGAGUGCAGCUCUAAAGAAUGAGUCCACAAAUUAGGCAGAGGCUGUAUAAUUAACCAAAGUCAGCUCAGUUUGUGAUAGUUUGAUGUGAAAUUCAGGAUUUUGACAUUUUCAUUAUACAAUAUUGUAUAGGUACAGCUUUGAUGGUAAUGUGGGCAUACUUAGAUGAUUUAGUCCAAUAAUGAGGGAUAAUUGUAAUAUGAUUAUACAAAAAUGUAGAUGGAAAAUAAAAAUAAAUUGCAGUGAUUAA